AUGAGAACUAGCAUCACUCACAAGUGCCAGGUGAUGCUGGCACUGCUGGCCCUGGGACCCCACUUUGAGAACCAGCAAAACUCCGACGGCCUUCCUCCUGGAGCUCACUGCACCCGCAGCCUCUCGGCAUCCCAACCUGGUCCCAAGCAGCCCUGUCCCCUCACUCAGUGUCAUCCUGAAGUCAUCCCAGUGCAAGGUCCUGCUGACCAAGUGGAUCCUGUCAUCCAUCGCUCAACAGAAACUGACACUCAGGCACCUCAGAGUCUGGGGUUCCGGGUUCAAAUGGCUUCCAAAGGGGCUCUGUGUCUCGUGGUGGAUUUUGGAGACAGUUCUGGGGUUCGAAUGAGGAUCUGCAAUGUGUCUGAGGAAAUGGCAGUUACUGCCUACCACCAGUAUGGGAAAGAAGGAGUCUAUAUGCUCAGGGCGGUUAUUUACAGUGAGUUUUACGGAACUGAAGUGGAGCUUGGGCCUUAUUAUGUGGAAGUUGGCCACGAGGCCAUGUCCGUGUUCAUGAAUUCCAGCAGUGUCCACAAGGAUGAACUUCUGGUCUUUGCCAGCUCCCACACGGAUCAGAAAAGCACUGUGGUUAUGCAUUGUUUUCCAUCCUUUUCCUCAUAUAAUGUGUCCUUUACUUCUCGGACCCACGUGGGAGACAACCAGGCUUGGCCCAGCAUCUCUGUUUGGUAUCAGAUGCAACCUGUCUCUGUCUACACAAAUGGAACUGUGUUCGCCACAGACACCGAUAUCACUUUUGUAGCUGUUACCAAGGAAACAACUCCCCUGGAGUUUGUGUGGUAUUUUGGAGAAGAUCCACCCAUGAGGACAACUUCCAGAAGCGUUAAGAAAAGACUCAGCCUUCCCCAGUGGUAUCACGUGAUGGUUACAGCUUCCAACGGGAUCAGCAGCUUGGCCUCAGAGCCCCACCGCAUCAGGGUGCAGAGGAGAAUUGUCGCCAAUCGGCUCACAUCCACUAGCUCAGCUCUGGUGAAUGCCAGUGUGACCUUUGAGUGCAGAAUCAACUUUGGCACCGAUGUUGCUUACCUGUGGAACUUUGGGGAUGGUGCCGUUGGCCUGGGGAACAGCUCUGCCAGUCACAUGUACAGUAGUGAAGGAGAGUUUACCGUGCAGGUCCUUGCCUUCAAUAACGUCAGCUCUGCCUCCCUCAAAAAGCAACUUUUCAUCGUGCGCCAGCCCUGCCAGCCACCCCCAGUGAAGAACAUGGGGCCCGGGAAGGUGCAGGUGUGGAGGUCUCAGCCUGUGAAACUGGGAGUGACCUUUGAAGCUGCCAUUCUCUGUGACAUCUCCCAAGGCCUUUCCUACACCUGGAGCUUCACAAACUCUGCAGGAUCGCAGGUGCCCCUGCCCCCUGCUGUGAAUACUCAUGAACAGACCAUCACUGUCCCCAGCUACUUUCUGGAACCCGGGAACUAUACUGCACUUGCCAAGGUUCAGGUGGAAGGCAGUGCCGUGCACAGUAACUACUGCGUGGGGGUGGAGGUGCGAGCCCGGGCCCCUGUCAGCGUGAUCUCCGAGGGCACACACCUGUUUAUCUCAAGGACCCCCUCGACCACCAUCAUCCUCAGGGGAUUCCUGUCCUACGACCCGGACAAGCCUGGGGCACCUCUCAGGUAUCACUGGAAAUGCACCGCAGCCAGCGCCCCUGGGCGCCUCUGCUUCCCAUCCUCCUCUCCACAUGGCCUGCACGCCUCGGCUCCCACGCUUUCCUUUGCAGCCAACUCUCUCAGCGACACCUAUGACCAGUUUCUAGUGACGCUGACAGUGUCCAGCCACGGCCGGAACUCUUCAGAGGCACAGGUGUUCCUGUCCACACGCCCGGACUCAGCACUCAGAUUUGUCCACAUUUCCUGGGUCAACUUUAGAGACAUCUUUGUUAACUGGAAUGAAGAACUUUCUCUUCAAGCUGAGUGUGAAGGGUGUGGUGCGAUAUCCACUCUCUCUUACUCCUGGGAGCUCUUUUUAGUCAACGCAACAGAAAAGCACAAUGUAGAAGAUUUUGAAGCCUAUUACAGUGAUAUCCAAGAAGCAAUGCCAUCCAAAGGGAGACAGCCGGGGACCAACAUCAACCUCCCAGGAUCAGGACCAAAUGUGAAUGCUGAUGAGAGCCACGGUGAUGGGGACAACCUGCUGGGCCCGUUCCUCCCCACCGUUAGUGCCAGGCCUGUGCUCAUGGUGGACUGGCCCAAGUCCCUGGUUCGCCGAGCUGUCUUCCACAGCUACACCUCAUCUGGUAUCACGGAGCAAACUGUGACCAUAAAGCCGUACUCACUGAGCCCUGGGGAGACGUAUGUCCUACAAGCCUCUGUGGCUUCGAAGCACAGUUUUCUAGGGAAAGCUCAGCUGUACUUGACCACCAACCAAGCUCCUCGAGACGUGGCCUGUCAGGUGCAGCCCCAUCGUGGCCUCGAGGCACACACCAUCUUUAGCGUCUUCUGCAUGUCAGGGAGACCGGACUUUCGUUAUGAAUUUAGUUACCAGAUAGGAAAUGCCGCCAAACGCACUUUGUACCACGGGAGAGACAGUCAGUAUUAUUUUGCACUGCCCGCUGGUGAGCCCUUGGACGAUUAUAAAGUCUUGGUGUCCACGGAGAUCACAGACGGUGAAGGCUCCCAGGUACAGCCCUGCACUGUGGCAGUGACUGUGCUGCCCCGUUUCCAAGGGAAUCACUGCCCCGGCGAGGACGUAUAUAAUUCCAGCCUGAAAACCCUGUCUACUCUGCAGCUGAUGGGGAGUUACACGGAAAUCAGGAAUUAUGUCACCAUGAUCACCAGGGUGCUGAGUCGCUGGGCUAAGGAGGACAGAAGUCCCUCGUGUGGCCAGUGGUCACGAAUACAGGAGGCAUUAAUUUCUUCAGUGUGCAGAUUAGCUUUCGCAGAUCAGGAAGAAAUGAAUGAUUCUGUUCUUGUUUUGAGGGACCUCAUACACUUCCCUAACAAGCUAAGCUUCACAAGCGCAGCGCUCAUCAUCAAGUAUGCCCGGGUGCUCCGCGCUCGAAGCCCGUUCUUGGGGAGUUUUGUGGUGGACAAAGAGCAGAUGCUCGAGCUCAUCCUUCUUGUCUCCGGGGUCUUAGAAGCCUCGGACCGAGAAAAAUCGAGGAAUGCAGACUACCUACAAGACGAAGGAAUUAAGGUCAUCUCGGACUUAUUGUUGGACCGCCUGUCUUCAAACAGCGAGCGUCAGCUCCACAUUAGCACUGGGCAGAUGGAGAUCCUCACGCUUCUUCAUCAUGAGCCACAGGGCUCCGUGCAGAGCCUGGGCCCCAUCCAGGUGCAUUUACCCGGAGACCUGGCUGGGCAGAGUCUUGCUGGGCCUGGAAUGCAGAGCCCAUGCUACGUUAGCCAGCUCAUGCUCUUCAAGAAGAAUCCGUAUCCAGGGGGACGAGCUGGCGAGAUGGGCAGAGUCCUCCACCUCUCUCUGUACAACUGCUCCAGCAGAAGACCCUUCAGCAGACAUCGGCUGAGGAAACCCGUGACCCUGGAGUUCGAGGAGGAAGGUGGCCCGGAUAACAGGAGAAAUAGCAGCACAUUUGUUUUGCUUCGGGAUAAAGUGAAUUUUCAUCAGUUCGCUGGGCCUUCUGAAGACCCCCAGGAAUCUCUACAGAUAAGAAUAGAAUUUUCUAAGCCUGUUACAAGAGCUUUCCCGGUCAUGUUGCUGGUAAGGUUCUCUGAGAAACCUACUCCUUCUGAUUUUCUUGUGAAACAGAUCUACUUCUGGGAUGAGCAAAUCGUGCACAUUUACAUGCCUGCUGUGUCACUGAAAGACACCAACUUGGGAUAUUUAUCCUUACUAGAUGCUGACUAUGACAGAAAACCUCUGAACAAAUAUUUGGCCAAGUCAGUGAAUUAUGCCGUGCAUUUCCAGUGGAUCCGAUGCCUGUUUUGGGACACAAGAGAGUGGAAAUCUGAAAGUUUCUCUCCACAACCAGGAACUUCUCCAGAAAAAGUGAACUGCAGCUAUGACCGCCUCGCAGCAUUCUCUGUCGCAAGAAGAAGGCUGAAUGCCAGUUUUGAAACGAGUGACAUUUCCCAGUUACAGGGACAUCCGGAAAACCUACUUCCCACUAUUUUUAUUGUGGUUUUUACAAUUCUUUAUGCACUUUUGGUUACUAAAAGCAGACGUGUAGAUCGUCACGAAAAAAAGAAAACUGGUUACAUUUUUCUGCAAGAAAACGUUCCGCCGGACCACCAGCUGUACGCAGUUGUCGUGGACACAGGCUUCCGGGCUCCGGCCCACCUUACUGCAAAGGUUUACAUUGUUUUAUGUGGUGAAAAUGGACUUUCAGAACCCAAAGAACUCUACUGCCCGGAGAAGCCCCUGUUUGAAAGGAAUUCCAGACACACUUUUAUCCUGAGUGCUCCAGCUCCUCUGGGCCCGAUCCGGAAGAUCCGCCUCUGGCACGACAGCCGUGGACACUCUCCCGCCUGGUAUGUGAGCCACGUGAUGGUGAAGGAGCUGUGUGCAGGACAGGGACAGAGCUGGCUUUUCCCCGCCGAAUGCUGGUUGGCAGUGAGCAGGUGGGACGGCCGCGUGGAGCGGGAGCUGGCCUGCCUGUGCCGGGGCCCGGGCUUCCGGAAGCUUUGGUAUUGGAAGUUCACGGAGUAUCUGGAGGACUUCCACGUCUGGACCUCUGUACUCAGCCGGCCCUCGGGCAGCGGCCUCCUGCACACCCCGCGCCUCACCGUGGCCUUCGCCGUGCUCUGCGCCUACGCAGGCCUCACUGCCCUGCUCACCACUGUGGGACAGGAGCAGCUCAUGUUGGAUGUCGGCCCCACUGAGGUCACUCUUGGAUCCUUCUGGACGGGUUUCCUGUGCACCCUUCUGGCUUCUCCGGGGGCGCAGCUCUUGUCGCUGUUCUUCAGGCUCAGCCAGGAAGCCAGAGGGCCUCCCGGAGAAGAGCCACGCCUGCCCCUGAGAGCAGUGAGGACAGAGGCAGCUCAGGGCCCUAAUUCGAGUAGAAGGAUGCCAGACGCACAGAAGACAUACAAGCAUAACGUUCUUUCAGAGAAUGGCGGGGCCCCGAGGAGGGCGGCAAGCAGUGAUGGUUCAGGCUGUUCCCCCCCUGAACCAGAGGCCGACAGGGCUGACCUCAGCCAGCCAGCUCCGAGGGAGGAGAGUGACCCCUGCACUCUCAGUUUACAGGGCCCUGGCGGUGGGUUUGAAGAACUCACCGUUCCCCGGUGGCCAAGGGCACCUCUGCCUUGGUCUGGCUCUGCAGCGUGGGUCCUUUGCGGGAUGGUGUCUGCGGCCUGUGGCUUGGGGACAGGAUUUCUAGGAUACAGGUUUAGCCCCACGCAGUGUCUGCAGUGGCUGCGCCUGCUGGCCCUCUCGGUGGUGUGCUGUGUUUUCGUCACCCAGCCGCUUAUGAUCGGCCUCGCGGCAUUGGGCUUUGCUUGGAGAAGGAAAGACGACAAGCACUUCUUCACUGAGUCUUUACGUGAAGCUACCAAGGGUCUGGACUCUGAACUGGAAGAACUUUCCAGGACCCGCUUGCCCCUUUCUUCAGGCUGCAGCACUCCUGACUGUGCAAGUGAGGUUGAAAGAGUCUUGGCUGCCCGACAACGAGCACGCCGCCUGCGCUGGGCAUGUCCGCCGUCCCCAGCCCAGCUCAGAGUCACCAGGGAGAGGAUGAGAAGAGAAAUGCGAACUCGAGAGGAGCUGAGAGACACUUGCAUGUACAUCCUCAUGCUGCUCCUGCAUUUGUUUAUAAUUCACGGGAAAUUCUCUGGGGAUGAAUAUUCUCUCAAUCGAGCCAUCCAAAAUGAAUUUACAAGAAGUGCCAGGAGCUCCUUCAGUAGCCUGAGAAGCGUGGAUGACUGGUGGGACUGGAGCCUGACCACACUGCUGGACAGCCUGUACCGGGAAAGCUCCGUCACAGCUGGCGCACCGGGCGCUCAGCCCGGAGCCUUUGGAGGAAAGUUCUACCUAACAGGCCCUUCGGUCAUUAAACAGAUGAAAGUUCCUCCUGGCAGUUUAUGUGAGCUUCCCAGCCCGCCAUCAGCGCACAUCGAAGACUCUCUUCCUACACAUAGCCCCACGGUUGGAAGCCCUGAAUCUCCCUCCGUGAUAGAUCCAGAGAUCCAAAGAGUGGCCCUGAGUGGCCCUGGGGGCUGCAGGGAGGACUGUGUGCUCAGCCUGGGCAGGACAAGGCCUGCAGCCCGAGCAGCGCUGACCAGGCUCAGGGCCAGCAGAUGGAUCGACUGCAGCACCAGGGCCGUGUCGGUGCACUUCACCCUCUAUAACCCUCCAACUCAACUCUUCUCGAGUGUGUCCCUGAACGCCAACAUGCUCCCCACAGGGGGGCUUGCCCUCUCCUCCCUGGUGGAGUCCUUCCACAUCUUCUGCAGCAACUCAGCGAGGUACCACCUCAUGCUUCCUGAGCUGCUCUUCCUGGUGCUCAACCUCAUUCACCUCUGCUUUCAACUCUACGGCAUGACGGAGAAGGGCGUCCGCAACUAUUGGCGAAAACCGAGAAACUGGCUGGAGCUCUCCAUAGUCGGAGCAGCUCUCACCUACUCCGCAGCCUCCGGACACCUGGGUACUCUUGCUGGGGAGGUGACCGACCAGUUCCACAGAGGACUUUUCCAAGAGUUUACAGACCUCAGUCAUAUGGCAGCAUGGAAUCAGAGGGCGCGAUGGCUCCAGGGAAUCCUUUCAUUCCUCUUGAUACUGAAAUGCAUUUAUCUCCCUGGCAUUCGAAACACCAUGGCGUCCUGCUCGUUCACUGUGCGCCGCUCGCUCUCCAGCAUCUUUGCUCCAGGGCUGGCGGGGGUCCUGAUGCUGGCUGCCCACACCCACCUGCGUGGAUUUCUGCUCUCGGCUUGGGCUCUCCCUUCUGGUGCCUUCUCAGACUCCUUCCACGGGCUGCUGUUUCAUUUUCCAGGAAGAAGCCAAAAAGACACAUUCUUUGGCCUUUCCAAGUCUGACAGGCGGGACAUGGCUUGUUGCUACGGGGCCUUUUUGAUAGCAGUGACCACUCUGUGGUUUGGAAUGCUGAGAGGUUUCCUCAUGACUCUUGGCCGAAAAAGAAAAUCUUUUCAAAGCAAAUCUCUUGUGAGGCUUAAAGACAUGACUGCCUACAUGGUGGGGAAGACCCUCACCCUUCUGGGACUGGAAAAGCCAAAGUUGGACGAGACUGAGAUGGUUGAGAACCAUAAUUAUUACCUCGAUGAAUUUGCAGAUUUGUUAGAUGAGCUUUUGCUGAAGAUUACUGGUUUGUCCGACAGCCUACAACCCCCUUUUCUAGAACAACAAUCCAGUGAUACGGUGGAGGCCGGGUCAGAAGAUAGUCCCUUGGCGGGUGUUUCUGCUUACCAACUUACUGGGGUAAGCAAAUGA